ACUCCCACGUGUAUGUCGCAGUAACACAAGCCGUGGCGCUAGAAGUGACGUGCCAGGGCACGUGACGAGAUGGAAGGCUCUGGAGAUGGAGCCACUGACCUCUUCGUGCCCUGCACGGCAGGUGAAGACAAAACGUGCCAGAUUGUCGACAAGCUGUCGACCUGGAACGAGCUCCUUCACGGUUCCCAAUUCGAACUGCGAGAAAUGCCGGAAACUGCCGGCCAACUUUUCUUGCAAAAUUUUCCCGACGUCUUACCAACGACUGGAAAUUUUGAUGCACUGCGGAUGCCACAGCACCCAGACCUCAUUGGAUGGUUACUGAGAACGCAUCGCUGUAUAGCAUGUGUCUGUCUUAAGCUGUCUGUCGCCGGAGUGACAAGCUUCGCGGUACUUGACACUCUUCGGCACAGCUCGGGGACCAAGACAGUGACACUGCGCUUCCAGGAUAUGAAAUCCUUGGACGCCGCUUUCGAAGUCAUACCCUCCUUGACGAGAAUCGAAGAGCUUCACUGCGCAUCCUGCAUCAGAUACGAGGCUGCCCCACAAGGAUUUGUAGCCGCGCUGUCGACGCUUCUGCAGGCUUCAUCGUCUCUUAAGAGUCUAUACCUAAGUUUCUUUCAGCUCAUAGGACCGGUGGCGGACACGCUUUUCACAGGCUUGCUAUUAAACAAAGACAAGCUGAAAGAGCUCUAUCUGCUAGACUCCGAAAUCAUGUGCGACUCUUAUCCGCACGCCCUAAACGAAUACCUUGCUACGACCACGGCUCUAAAGCGUUUGGCCGUCGAAAUGGCGAAUGAGGUUGUGCAGAAGGCUCUUCUCGAAGGCAUUCUGAAAAACAGGAGUAUCGACAAGCUCCUCAUCGGCGGUUUAAUUGAAAACGAGGAAAGCCCGGGAAUAGUAGCUGCACUUAUCAGGGAGAACACCGUGAUUAGUAGCUUGAGUAUUUCUCUCAGAGAUGAUCCUGCGGUCGGGCCGCUUUCGGUUUACAGCUGCUGGGUCCCUCCACUCAUUAAAAACGACACAUUGCAAGAAGUCAGCUUUCCCUUGAAGACGUUCCGGCCGUCAGAGUGGGCUUCGUUCAUUAGGGCGCUGCCGAAUAAAGAAAACUUGAAAAAGGUGAACAUCAAUGCGGAAUUCGACCACCGUCAGUUCCUGCCCGUCUACGCAGAGGUCGAAAGCCUCGGCUUGGAAGAAAAAGUUUCCGUCACAUUCUACUCCUUCGCGCGCGACGUCGACUUGCUGCACUGCAAGGCAAUCUCUAAGAUAGAACUCUCCGCAGAAGAACCAGACGACCGCUUAGUAGCCGCUUUGAGAGUCUUGCCAAACUUUCGACACGUGACUGACCUGAGCAUCGAUCUGUGGUCGAGCAGGAUGACACUUUUUCUGGCACUUGCACGAUAUUUAAGCUCGACGACCACGCUGCGCCAUCUCGCGCUUAACGUCGGCUGGGACGUCGCGGUCGAAUCCGAGGGAACGAGCCCGUGGUGGUCAGCCGUACCCGAGUCCCUGGCUCGAAACGAGAGCCUCAGGCAACUGAGGGUUUACGCGAAGCACCUUAGCACGCCAGACAUCGAGGCCUUGGCCGACUCGCUCAAACGAAGCCGGACCAUCAGAUUCGCCGAGUUCAUCGACGUGCCCAACAACGGCGCAUCUGUCUUCGUUCGACGCCUUUCGGUGGACAUCGCGGACAACUGGACGCUGCUGCGCGUGGUGUGCGGUUAUUUCAUAGACGCGGACAGGACGGGAGACUGGUUCGCCGUCAACGAGGCGACGCGGAGGAACUCGGGUCUCGUCGCGCGAGCGGCUCGAUUCUUGAAGGCUUCACAUUUCGACAGGUACGUCACCGGAGCUCUGGAGCGUGUCUCCCGGUACCCUGUGCUAUUGGACGAGGUCGCUCGGCAGGCCUAUAUCGACCAAUCGGAAAUCGUUGGCUUGGUGCGAGAACGCCUGAAGAGAACCGAAACCUUGGACGGAUUCAUGCGGGCCGCCGGAGUCGUCAGGGAGCGAGUCGUCUGCCAUCCACCCGACGACGGCCGUAUGCAACUGGACGACCUGAUCGAGGACUGCUGGAGGAACGUACGACGUUAUCUCGUGGCAGACGACGUCAAGGGCAGCAUUAGGCAUAUUGAAAAUAUCUGAGCGCAGAGGAAGCUUGCGGCGAGGACCGAUGGGUGGUACCUUCAGCAACGGCCUGAUAGCUCGUUUCAGAGUGUGAGCCAUUGCGCGCGUACGUGUUUGCAUAAUGCGCAGCUGCGAUCGAGUUUGGCGCUUGUCGGGGAGUGCGGCGCCAUCCGUUGCAGUCACAUGGCUGAGUUAGAACUGACCGGAAGUGCAAUGACCGGAAUUGGCUGAGCAGCUUGCAUUUCAUUUCAUUUAUUUAUUAAUACUGUCGUCCACGCUGUAGGGCUAUUACAGGGGUUGAAAUACAAUGACAUAGUAGCACGGACACUUCGAUUUUUGUCAGCGCGUAUGCGGUCCUUUCCAUGAGCGGACUAGACCAUUGAAAGAGAUUGGUCGCCGUUUUGCUGCUGAAGAUUUACGGGUUUCUGUACUGCGAUGGGCAAAUAUCAAAGGCAUGUCUACAGAAAUGAGUGACGAUCCAUGGCCACCGCUAUAGACUAUAGACGAUGGCCACUGCUACAAUAAAAUGUCCA